AAGCUGAGGACCGAGACUCGGCCCGGGGCUGCGCGGCCCCCGCAGCGGGGUGGAUGGACCCCGACGCCCCGGGCAGCGGCGCCAGCUCCCUGCCGCUGCUCCUGGCCCUUGCCCUGGGUCUGGUGAUCCUCCAUGGUGUGGCUGCAGAUGGGAAUUCAACCAGAAGUCCGGAAAUUAAUGGCCUCCUCUGCGGAGGUCCCAAGGAAAACUGUGCAGCGACUACCCCACUACCAAAGUGGAAAGGCCACUUUUCCCGGUGCCCCAGGAAGUACAAGCAUUAUUGUAUCAAAGGGAGAUGCCGCUUCGUGGUGGCCGAGCAGACGCCCUCCUGCGUCUGUGAUGACGGCUACACAGGGGCCAGGUGUGAGAAAGUGGACUUGUUUUACCUGAGAGGGGACAGAGCACAGAUUUUGGUGAUUUGUUUGAUAGCAGUUAUGGUGUUUUUUAUCAUUUUGGUGGUCGGUGUCUGCACGUGCUGUCAUCCUCUUCAGAAACGUUGGAAAAAAAAGAAGAAGGAAAAAGAAGAAAUGAAAACUCUGCGUGAAGAUAAACCUGUAAAUGAAGAUAGUCAGGAGACUAACAUUGCUUAGUGGCUACCAAAGUCCCUCCAGGUGGGUGGCAGCCCGCUGAGUGUCUUGCUCAUUCGAAAGUGGACAGACCUGUCUCAGGAAAACAGCUAGCAGAAAUGAAUUUUAAA